CGCACUGAGUCGGGUCUGAGGGAGCAAAGGCUUAGGGGCAGAAGCCGACUGGGUCCUAGAGAAAGCGGAGUGAGGCAGUGACAGGGCCCCGCCCCGCCAUGUGGCCGCAGCCCCUGCUGCUGCUGUUCCUGCUCUUGGCAACUACCCCCGAGGACCAAGCUGCACCCAUCUCGGUCCUUGAGCAUGCCCACGGACACAACCAUGCCCCCGGGGGUCCCGACACUUCCGAGAGUCCGGAGAUGGGUUCCAUGGGCCUGCUGGGCAUCCACAACCUCCUCCACAACCUAAACCGCCUCUUCUUUCGGGACGAUCUGUUUCGGAGCAUGGACAGCUUCAUGACACCUUCGGUGGACUUUAGGAACCUUCCCCCCAAUUACCACAAUGAAGACCAGAAACAACACCGCUUGAGUAAUGGCACUAUCUAUAGCCACCACCAGAUAGACAAGGUGACUGAUAAUCGGACUGGAGAUAUGAUGUUUUCGGAGAAGGUGGUGGCUGAAAUUGAGCCUUCAGAAGGGAAUGUGGAGGAUGACUGGAAGGAACCUGAAGAUGAAGAAAAUGAACCAGCCCAGCCUCUCCGCAGCAGCGGACUGAGCAGCCCCCAUGUUGAAACCCAGCCCAGAGUGUCUUUCUGGAUCGUCAGGCUGCCCCAUCGGCUGGCCCGGGCCGACAGCCGGCCUGGGAACCGCUGGCUCAGUGAGAAGCGUCACAGGCUUCAGGCUAUUCGGGAUGGGCUUCGGGAGGGAGCCCACGAGGAAGCCCUCUUACGUGUCCACCCUGUGCCUCGCAGGGCCCGUUUUCUCUAUCUCCUAAGGCCCCCUCGGCAGCUUUAGGCUACGGGGCUAGCCAAGAGGCAGGCUGAGGGCAGUAGCAGAGAUGAGAGGUGAGGAUGCCUGCAGGCAUCAGCCCCUCA